GGACAGUUGGCACGACGCGUGCGGAGGGGCUGGAGCCGAGCGACCGCGUCGCGCGCGUACGGCACAGCAAAAACAUUCCUGCGUCCAAACUGAAAACGUGUGCUCGUGAGAAGAAAAAAAAAAGAGGGGGGAAGUGUUAACGUUUCGAGAUAAGCGCCUCGGGAACAGUUCGCGCGUUUCACGAGAGUUCUUCCCGAGGGAGGAAAUGAAGGCCUGACGGUUUUUUUUCUUUUAAUUAAAUUUUUUUUUAACAUUGCCCCUUUCCGGACCGACGAUGAGCAGCAACAUCGUGGUGGAAUGGCUGCGCUCGCUCCACCUGGGCCAGUACGCGGAGUCGUUCAUCGACAACGGCUACGACGACCUGGAGAUCUGCAAGCAGGUGGGCGACCCGGACCUGGACGCCAUCGGCGUGUUCAACCCGGCGCACCGCGGCCGCCUGCUGCACUCGGUGCGGACGCUGCGCGAGGAAGGGGCGGCGUCGGUGUACUUCACGCUGGAGGAGACGACGGCCAUGCACGAGGAGUGCCAGUGCGACGGCUCGAGCGCCCGCUCGUCCAGGACGUCGUCGGGCAAGGGUGGUGCUACUGCCGGCGGCGGGGUCGCCGCGGCCAGCAGCAGCGACAGCCCGGCGGCCUCGUCGUCGGCGGGCAGCGCCCAGGAGCUGGGCAAGUACCUGGACGAGUACGAGGAGGGCAAGGCGGAGCUGGUCAGGAUACCCAGGAUACAGCUGAAGCUGCUGCUCAAGGAGAAGCUGUCGCAGGACGGCAUCAGGCUGAGCUGCCAGCCGUACUCCACCUCGGUGAGUGACCACUAUUCAUCAGAUUUACGAUGUCCGUUUGGCAGGCAGGUUCGUAGCAUAUUUACAAUAAUAUUAUGGUAUUAUUAUGAAGAAAAGGUUUAUUAGUAGACGUUCUCAUAAACAUAUGUUGGUAUUGCAUGACAAGGGCUAUAAUUUGUCUUAGAGUUAAUUUAUUCGAGGUAUUUAUCAUAUGGCCACAUUUUCACAUUAUUGAAGUCUUUUAACGGAACUAAAAUUUUUUUUUACCGGUUUUGAGCGUUAUUCUGAGUAAUAUUUAAGGUAAACUCUGUACUGAAUACCUGAAAGAUUAAUCAACGAUUCGAAUCAUUGUAUUACAUGAAACUGAGGACAUGUCAGUCUGUAAACUUAACCAUUAUUUCUAUUCCGAAAAACGUUUAUAACGUGCUGGUUCCAGCUUUUGAUGAAGUAAUACCUACAUAUUAAAAAUAAGUUUUUUUAAGAAGUCAAUCCUUUGGCAUUUAUUUGCCCAGGAAACUCAGAAAAUAAUUCUAGUGACUCACCACCACGCUACUAGUUAGGAAUAUAAUUUUAUUAUAAAUGUUUAAUUCACUUUUUAUAAGUAGCAGACUAAAUGUAACACAUGGGACUAAAUUUGAUACAAAACAAAAAGUACAAUGCCUAUCAUAUGUAGAAAUUUCACUAGUUAAAAAUUAACGCCAUUAAAAUGCAAUGCACUAACAUUAGGAUUAAAGCUGAGUGUGCCUCAAAGUAACUCUUUAAAUAUUUCAUCGGCCACCAAAUCCGUUUAUAUUUAAAUCUUUUAUUAUAUGUACUGAUUAACCAAAGAUGUAUCGAAAAAAAUUCUUUUGGUUCAAGAAAUCGAAAAUAGGCCUAUUGUUAAUUUUAUCGUGAAUUAUGUAAAAUUAUGGAUAUUUUUCUAUUGAUAUAAAACUAACUUUAAAAUUUUAAUAUCUAGAGAGGUAAGAGUUAGAGAAAAGGGCCACUGAGUGUCAGCUCUAAUUAAAAUAAAUUAUAGAAGGUUAAUGCGUGUCACUUGAUCAUGUUAAACGUGGGUCUGGUUGGUUAGUCGCUGCUUAAUUCAGUUUACGAUUUGAUACGCGUGUACCUUGCUGCCAUGCAGGAUUUACGCAGAAGACAUGCUUAGGCUGUAGUAUCUCUCCACCUGACGAAGAACAGACAGAAGGAACAAAACUUACUCAAUAAUUCUGAAAGAUUCUUGCAAUGGUAGUGUAUGACUUGUAGGUAGAUAAACGUUGGAUUGACACGAUUGCAAUGCUCUUUAAUUUUCCACAGAAAACCUAGAGUUCUACGAACCAAAGGGCAAUCAGAGAUUGGUUAUCCUGACAAACAAAUGAUAAAGAAACAACAUAGAUGAGACAAAAAAUAAAACAAACAUAACUAAAAAAACCCAAAAUAAAAAAAAAAACAACGAAGAUACUAUA